GGAGUAUUUCAUGUAGCCUUUUUUACCUUUUGCAGACGAGACAGCUGGCAGAUGUGGGAAAAUUUUAGCCAUGUUGCUGCAAAUAUUGGAAAUUUCAGUCAGGCACUGGAAGCAGUUACAAAGGUGCUGGAUAUGACAAAUAAGAAGAGAAUUGAUAUCGAAUUACUUGAGAGGAUGUUGCAAGAGCUAGAAUUACGGACUUCGACUAGGGAUUCUGAAUUGCAUGCUUUGAGGGAUAGCACCGGUUCUGCUGAGGCUGGCUCGAAUAUGAUUAAUGCUGAUACAUCGACCAGCUCAGACGUAGAUUUGGCAAGAGAACGCGAAACUGAGUACUUGAUUCAGUCAGUGGGGAAAAUCCUACGGCAGAUCGUUCAAACUGGUGGGAAUGCUGAGAUUUGGGGCCUCUAUGCCAGGUGGCAUAAACUCAAAGGAGAUCUUGCAAUGUGUUCAGAGGCCCUUCUUAAGCAAGUCAGAUCAUACCAGGGAUCUGACUUAUGGAAGGAUAAAGACCGGUUUGCAAAGUUUGCACGUGCCUCGUUAGAACUCUGCAAGGUUUACCAGGAAAUAGCUCGACGUAAUGGUAGCCGUAGGGAGUUAUCUGCAGCGGAGAUGCACUUAAAAAGCACAAUCAAGCAGGCUGAGGCUUUUUCUGACACCAAAGAGUAUCAAGAUAUCUUGGCAUGCUUUGAUGAGGUGAAGGCAGCACAAACCUCCUCAAUUGCUGUGGCAUAAGGCACAAUAUGCUUUCUGCUGAGUCAUUUCUUCAAAGGGGUGAAGUCAACAUCUCCUUAACAAACAUAUCGGCUGGUACAACACAUUCUGUCCAAAGAUAAAUAAAUCAGUUCUUGGAAGUAAUUUAAUUUCCUAAGGGAUUUGUUCCAAAAUUACGGACCUGUUCAUUUUCCAGGGGAAAAGGUGUCUGCUUAAAAGGGCAUAGAAUUGAUCUUAUGUUUAAAAUUGGUCGGUGGAAAUGCAGGAUUAGAUGGUGGUGAAUUAUAACACUCUCAACUUCUAGGCAGUGAAGAGAUGCAAGCUAUGAUAGUUGAGACAUCUGCAGACUUUGAUCUAUGUCAAGAUACGUAAUUUAUUGUAUGUCAAUGUUGUUUCAGAUGACUGGUUUGGAAAUUUGUUGUAAUUUUGGUUAGUAAAUGUCAUGAUAAUUUCUCACUUCAGAAUCUGUGAUGGUGUUCAAUGUAAGUUACAGUUGUGGCCCCUUUUGGAGAAAAUAUUGAUUUUUUGAGGUGUUC